UGUAUUUACAGCAAAAGCAAAAAUAUACACUACCUAAACCCUAACUAUCACCGCUUGUUAGAAAUUUGGAAAUUCGAAUGGCGUCUUCUUCUAGUACUAAACGAGAAGGUAAAUCUGUUCCUGAAGAACCCUUAAAGAAGAGGAAGAGAGAUGACGAUGAUGCCAACAGGUCAAACGUACAAUUUCAGGCUACUUGUGAUCAGAAGGAGCAGCAAAUUGAUCAGGAAGAAGAACCAGCUCCUUACGUAAUUCUAGUUCAAGGACCUCCCAAUGUUGGGAAGUCCCUGUUGAUUAAAUCGUUAGUCAAGUUUUAUACAAAGCGAAGUAUCAAAGACAUCCGAGGACCCAUUACCAUCAUAGCAGGUAAGAAAAGGCGGCUACAGUUUGUCGAGUGCCCGAAUGAUGUGUGUGGCAUGAUUGAUGCUUCAAAGUAUGCCGAUGUAGUCUUAUUACUCAUUGAUGCAAGUUAUGGCUUUGAAAUGGAAACAUUUGAGUUCGUUAACCUUAUACAAGUUCACGGCGUUCCUAAGGUUAUGGGAGUUCUCACACAUCUUGACGAUUUUAAAGAUAUAAUGAAAAUGAGUGAAACCAAGCAGUGCCUCAGGCUUCAAUUCUGGACUGAAAUAUGUGAUGGAGCAGAACUAUUCUACUUAUCUGGUCUCCAUCGUGGGAUGUACCGGAAAUCUCAAAUUCACAAACUAGCAAGAUUUAUAUCAGAUAUGAAAUUACCUCCCUUGUCAUGGCGAGCUACGCAUCCUUAUGUGCUGGUAGAUCAUUUUGAAGAUAUUACUCCACCAGAAAGAGUGCACAUGGACAAAAAAUGCGUUAGAAAUAUAACUUUGGAUGGCUAUCUUCGAGGUUGUGAUAUUAAGAAAGGAACUAAGGUACAUAUAGCUGGUGUUGGCGAUUUCCCUAUAGCUGACAUUACAAGGUUACCAGACCCUUGCCCUUUACCAUCUGCUGCCAAAAUGAAUGAAUUGAAAGGCAAUGAGAUCUUCUUUUAUGCCCCAAUGCCUGAUCUUGGGAAUCUUUUGGAUGACCAGUGUCUGGCUCCUAAUGAGUCUGUUCAGUUAUCUGAAGAAAAUGGGAAAUGUGCUCGAGAAGAUGCAAUGAAAACUUUUGACGCAGCAACUGAAGAGCAGAAGCUUAGAAGGCUUGCACUUCAAGCAAUAUUUGUUGCUGAUUUUCCUUUUCUUAAAGGUUCCGGGUCACCAGACGAGGAGAGUGAUUCCAGAAGGGGGUCCGAGUUCCACGAGCAACAAGCUAAUUGUGGUGGAUAUUCUGACAAGGUGGAGGAGGUUGACAUUCAGAAACAGAUUAAUUUUGUAGACGUCAACAAUCUUGAUGGGGUAACCUGCUUGGAGUUCGAGGGUAUGCGAAAAGGGACUUAUUUACGGUUGGAAGUUUGUGACGUUCCUUCUGAGAUGGUCGAAAAUUUUGAUCCCUAUCACCCUAUUCUGGUUGGAGGUAUCAGUCUUGAAGAGGAAAAUGUUGGAUAUAUGCAGGCAAGGCUUAAGCAACAUAGUUGGCACACAAAACUAUUGAAGACAAGAGAUCCGAUCACUGUUUCAAUUGGUUGGAGACGUUACCAGACGACACCGGUGUAUGCCGUGGAAGAAACCAGACGAACUGGUUCUCAUGAGAUGCUCCACUACGCUCCUGAGCACAGGGACUGUCUUGCGAUGUUUUGGGGCCCUCUUGCAUCCUCAAAUACUGGACUUGUUGCUGUACAGAGUGUCCCAGGCGAUAAGGCAGCUUUUCAGAUCACAGCAACGGGUUUCCUGCUGGGUUUCAACCAAGCUGAAAAAAUUGUGAUGGAACAUAAACAGAAGGGAACUCCUUACAAGAUAAUUGGAAAUACUGCUCUUAUCCAGGACAUGUUUACAUCAGAUCUUGACGUUGCUAGGCAUAAAGAUGUAGUAAUUUGGACUGCUAGUGGUAUUCGUGGCAAGGUUAUUGAGGCUGCAAGAAAAAAGCUUGUUUAUAAACUAAUGAGGAAGGGAGAUAAACCUAGUGAAGGGAUUGCUAGAUGCGCAUUUCAUCGCGAAAUUCGUAUGAGUGAUGAAUUUUUCAUGGUUGUAUGGAAACCAGUUCAGGUUCCUCGCUCUUUCAACCCAUACACGGCAUCCCAGUUCAGGGAUUCACUGGACAAGGAUGAUCCUACUCGAAGGCGGCAGACCCUUGGACAACGACGUGUUGUGGUCUUUCCUGAAGGGGAACCUAGAUCUAGUAGGCAGUUGCUUAAAGAGUAUAAGAUUAAAAAGAAGCAGAAGGCAGUGGAGAAGAAGAAAUCAGAAAUGUUGGUGUUCCCCGAGGAAAAAAUGCGCUUUAGAAAAAAGUUGAAGUGGUUAUAAGAAGAGAAACAGUAAACGUAAUGGAAAUUGUAAGCAAGGCUAGAGAAAAUCACAAAUGUAAAUUUUAAUGCUUAUUAUGUUAGCUUGAAGUUUGUAUUCAAAAGAUAGUCCCUUGAGUUAUGGGGGGGAUUGACAAAUUUGUCUCUAGUCUUUUAUACUGUC